CUCAUCAUGUGAUGGAGAUUCACCUGACUUCGAAAGAUACUAGUAGACAAGCAAAAGGUUACAUUGAAUUCUCUCUUGUCAGCUACUACUCUACUAGUAUCUGCACCCAAUUAUCGGGCUUCUUUAAUUUAAAUGGAUUCUCAAACCCCGCAGUCGAUCUUCGGGUCUUAAGCCUCGGGUUUAUUGAACCCCAAUAAUGGGUGAGACUGACUUGAUACGAUUGUUCUCAGUGCCCUAAUCCAGAGACGAACCUAGGUUCUUCCUGAUUAUCUCUGGGGUAUUUUUAUUAAAUGGGGAUUGCGCCACAUGUGCGCUGUAACCCCCGUCGGAUCAUUCCCAACGGCGUUCUCCGGUUCUUCAAGAAUACCAACUUAUAUUUGAUUGCUGAAGAUCACUUUCUUCCAUCUUAUAAUAGAAUUAUGAAGAGAAAUAACUAGCCCUCCCAUCAUGCCCUCCAAAUCACGAGAUGCACACCAUACCUCAAACCCGUCGGAUUUCCCUCCCUCGGGGCCUGGCUAUAAGGUCUACAAGCGUCGCUUCUGGGGACUGGCCCAGUUGGUGUUAUUGAACAUUGUGGUCAGCUGGGAUUGGUUAACCUUCUCCUCCAUAUCCACAACUGCCUCUCAGCAUUUUGGUGUCUCCGAAAGCGCAAUCAAUUGGAUGAGUACAGGAUAUCUGUUUGCCUUCUGUGCCGCUAGCCCUGUCGUCAUUUUCACUCUCAAUAAAGGCGGCCCCAAACCAGCCAUUAUCACCACUUCCACCCUCCUGUUGGUGGGAAAUUGGGUUCGAUAUGCAGGUACCAAAGCCCGUGGAGGCAUGUUUGGCGUCGCCAUGUUCGGCCAGAUCCUCAUCGGUUUGGCUCAGCCGUUCUGUCUCAGCGCUCCCACCCGGUACAGUGACCUAUGGUUCUCGGACCAAGGGCGCACCAGUGCCACGGCCGUAGCCACCUUAGCCAAUCCAUUGGGAGCAGCUCUGGGCCAGCUAAUUGAUUCGUUCUGGGCGACGAAGCCCAGCGAGGUUCCCGAUAUGGUUCUGUAUAUAUCCGUCAUUGCAACAAUCGCUGCCAUUCCUUCCUUUAUUCUCCCAUCAAAACCCCCAACACCACCCAGUGCAUCCUCAGCAACAACCCGCACGCCUCUCCUCCCAGCAAUAGCCCAACUUUUCAAGACGCUAGAGUUCUGGCUCAUCCUCAUCCCCUUCUCAGUCUACGUCGGCUUCUUCAACAGCGUUUCCUCACUCCUCAACCAGAUCCUCGCCCCCUAUGCCUUCACCGAAACCGAAGCCGGAAUCGCAGGCGGCAUCCUCAUCAUCGUGGGUCUAAUCAGCUCAGCCAUCGUCUCCCCAAUAACAGACCGCUGGAAGCACUACCUGAUCACCAUCCGCAUCCUAGUCCCCAUCGUAGCAGUCUGCUAUAUCGGUCUAAUCUUCGCCCCACCCAGCCCGGCGGGCAUCGCACCGGCCUACGUCGUCUGCGCCCUUCUCGGCGCCUCCUCCUUCGCCCUCCUCCCCGUCGUCCUGGAAUAUCUCGUCGAAAUAACGUAUCCGUUCUCUCCCGAGAUCGGCAGCACAAUCUGCUGGACGGGCGGUCAGCUCCUCGGGGCCGUCUUUAUUUUAGCGCAGGAUGCACUCAAGGCAGGUCGUGACGCCGACCCGCCGGAGAACAUGAGAAAUGCGCUGAUCUUCUCGGCUGUUAUUGCUUGUGUUGCGGCGCCAUUUCCUAUCUCGAUCGGGCUGUUCGGGAGGAAUGUUAGACGUCGGAGAUUGGAUGUGGAUAGAGGCGUUGAUCUGGAGGGUCGUGAGUAUACUGAUACCGGUCUUGCGGGGGACGACAGCCCUACACCUGCGACUGAGUCAAAGUUUAGCCUUAAGUUUUGGUCGAGAAACAAUAGUUAGCACAAGGGAGCUUCCUGGUUUAAAAUCAGACAUGUUUUCAUGUUAGCAGUGGUUGUCGUUCGGAUUUGAGGGAUGCGUAUAUAAUUGUCAUGCAUAUGGCCCAGUAUUUGACGGCCCCAAAGGAAAAGAGUACGCGUGGUAUAAACCUAGUGCAAGCCCAUCUCUGACAAGAUCCAGUGGGAACCGGCGGUAGUAGCAGCAGUCUAAGAGAC